CAGAAAAGUAAAAACAGAUUUCAUGAUGACGAUCGUUGAAAAUACUCCGUCUCAACCUUCAAAUUUCAAGAUGAUUAGACCACGGAAGAUAAAAAAUAUAAGUCCAUUGAGUGUGUUGAAGAGUGUUGGACCGAAGCUGGUGCCAUUCUUCAAGACAGUGGCUAUAUUUUUCGUGCUCUUCCCGACUUCUGACACGUCAACACUGUUCUGUUGUGUCAUUAAGAUUCUCCCAAUUCUGUCGCUGAUUGUAUUUGUGUUGCUACACGGCAUGAACCUGGAUGAGGUCUAUGUGUAUUCACGACGCGUGUUACUUGGACUCAUUUUUUCAAUGAUCGGAGAUAUCUGUCUGGUAUGGAAAGCAAAUUAUUUCCUCCAUGGGAUCGCAUCCUUCGCGAUUGCCCAAGCAUUCUACGCUAGAGCUUUUGGGUUGCUGCCUCUGAAACACAUCUCCGGGGCUGUAUGCUUCACCGUUGGAGCAAUCACGUACCUGUAUUUAGUGCCAGGACUUGAAGGCCCGAUGGUGUAUUUCGUUGCUAUGUACACAGCUCUUAUCAUGUUCAUGGCAUGGAGGGCUAUCGCGAGGGUACAGUUCUUCGAAGACGAUUGGACUUGGAAUGACGAUCUUUGGACUUGGACGAAAUUAUGCGGAUGUAUGGGUGCUCUUCUGUUCAUGGUGUCUGACCUCACCAUAGCUAUGGACAGGUUUAGAUUCUCUGUGCCAUUUGCACACACAUUCAUCAUGAUGACAUACUAUGCCGCACAAAUGAUGAUUUCGCUCUCUGUAAUUGACAGUCAAGUUGACAUCGUUCUGGAGAAAAGUAAAAAAUUGUAACUUAACAAGACUUCAACAAACAGUACUCUACAAUACAACUGUUGUGAUUACUAAGUCACCGUUGUUUUGGAUUUCGUAAAAUGACAGUAUUUAAUGAAGAAAUUGAAACUGAAUCAGCGCACAUCAAAGAAAAAGCAGUCAAUCAAUCAGACGAGUGGCGGGGCCACUUGGAUGGUACGGGAAAAGAAGUUGAUACUUCACUUUAUAAUUUAUCAAUGCAAGCCUCUUUUUGAGGAUGACGAAUCGAUGCUUCUAUUUAGUUCUGUAAAUAUUUACACCUAUAUUCAGCUUUAAUAGUACACAUAUUCCUAAGGAAGCUUUAUGACAGAAAAACAGUUGUUUGGCCAAAUGGUCUCCCAAUGUUAGUGUGUAUUAUGCUAUUGUCAUGGCAAUGUUGAUAAAUAUUAACUCAUUUUCAAUGGACAGUUAGUAGACAAUUAAAAAGUGGUAAUUAUUUUUGAUUACCACAUAAUUACCACUGUCUUAGUCAUGUUUUGAAGACAGGUGGUGAUUUGACCAAGAAUGAUAAGGUACAUGUAGUUGUAGCAAUUAUUUAAAGGUAGAUUGAGAUACCAACUCUUUAAAAACAAUUCUCAAUUUUGGAUUCUUAGAGGCUUAUUUAAAUAACAGACUUUACACCUUGUGUUCAUUUUUCUACAAUGUGGAUAUUACUGUACUGUACAUAGAAUUUUUACGAUGUUCUUUUAUGGAUUCUACCUUUAAAUAAUUAUUCAAUUAUGAGAUGAUGAAAGGAAUUGUUGCACUUCUUUAGAUGUAAUUUACCUCAAGGUGUAUUUGUGUUUCUAUGGUAACCAGCACCUGCCAAGCAUCCAAUUAUCUCUUAGAUUCAUCCUGUUCUAACAUAGCAGCAAAAUACAUAGGAAUAUUUUUUAUACAAUUGAGUAUCACGAAGUCUAUAGUUAAAUCUAGAUGUUGAAAAAUUAUCAUCAUCAUCUGAGGAUUCGAAGUAAAACAUUCAAUAUAUGUGAAUUUGUAAUUUAUCAUUUUUGGCAAAAAAGACGGAGGCUAUUUUUUGAAUAUGUCAUGAAUCAUGUUUCAAUUAAUGCAUAGUUACCAUAGCAUGUUGCCAUAGCAACAUCAUUGUUGUAUCAUUUACUAUAAAAUAUUUCACUUCCUCGUGUAUGAAAGCAUAUAUCUUUCUAUGUUAUCAUAUCCACCUAGUGCAUGUAGUUAUUGUUAUUAUAAUAUUGUUAUUAGGUUGUUGUGCCACACAUUGCCAAAUGGUGUUGCCAUUCUGUCAUCAAACGAUGCGGUAUUUAUCUAUCAAUCAUGUUAUUAUAAAUUACCCGUGUGUUUAAUGAGGUUUUACUUAGUUCUAAAGUAGUCUUGUAUUGAGGAUUACAAAUCACUUGUACAGAUUGUUGUAUCGUUCACUGUUAAUAUUUCAUAAUUAUAUACAUAUAAGUCCAUUUUCUCU